CUCCGACUGAGGCAAUAUAUUUGAGAGGUGAAGUAACACAGAGCUACAAGGACCGACCAGAGGAGCUACUUUCUGAAAUCUAAUUAUCCAAAUUGCUUAAUGCCGUGUAAUCGUACAGACGGGAUGUCUCGUGGAGCUUUCAACAUUUAUUUUGCUAGCAGCAGAGGAGGAAAUGUCAGAGCUGAGGAGGCAGUGGGCAUCAUUCUGCUGGUGGUGAUCCUGGCUGCUCUUUUCACUCUGGGCUGCUGGUACUUCAAGAAGAGGAGUGGCUACAAAAUAAUCAGGAGCCCUAGAUCGGGCUCACCAAGUCACACAGAAGGCCAGUACUCAGAGGCGGGACCUUCUGCAGAUAACAAGAUGGCUCUCAUUGACUUCGGCAGCUUCCGGCCUACGGUUCCUAAUGCUCCUCCUGCCUAUGAUAAGCUUUCCUCGGGGCCCAUGCCUCCUCCAUAUUCCCCCUAAAGGACUUCUGGAGAAGAUGGACAGAUGUAUGAAUAAAAAGAAACAUACUGGAAAACAAACUGUUAACUUCAUCCAUUGUCUGAUGAUAUAUAAUCUGA